AUGGCUACCGAGAACAUAAACUCCCCAACCACUUCCGUUGAGAAGGAGCCGAACGGUGUCAAUGGUGUUCAACAACGUCAUUACCACCACCACCACGACAUCUCGCAGGUGGAUUCAGGCUUUGCCGCUGCAUCAGGAGGCUCACUGAACCCUGGGCUGUGGAAGCCUUAUGAACACCGCAAAUUCGCUAACCCAGCUCCGCUUGGCCUCUCUGCUUUCGCCUUGACCACUUUCGUGCUCUCUGCUAUCAACACCCACACCCGCGGUGUCAAGGAGCCUAAUAUUGUUGUUCCCUUGGCGUUUGGAUAUGGCGGCCUGGUGCAACUGUUGGCUGGCAUGUGGGAAAUUGCCUGCGGAAAUACCUUUGGUGCUACUGCUUUGUCCUCUUAUGGUGGCUUCUGGAUUUCGUAUGCUAUCCUGUUAACCCCUAAUUGGGGAAUUACUGCGCCGACCGGCCCAUACGAGGGCCAUGUUUCCAGUCCUAUUGGGUUUUUCUUGACUGGCUGGUUCAUCUUUACGACGAUGCUCCUUCUCUGUACCCUUCGAUCGACUGUUAUGUUCUUCCUACUUUUCUUCACUCUGGAUCUGGCUUUCCUAUUCCUUGCUUGCGAGCAGUAUGCCAAUGACAUGGGCAACGCAACUGCCGCUGUCGCUCUGCAGAAGACUGGCGGCGUGUUUGGCUUCCUUGCCGCCUUCCUUGCCUGGUAUUGUGCUUUGGCUGGUAUUCAGGACAGCAGCAACUCUUUCUUCCAGGUUCCCGUCUUCCACUUCCCCUGGUCCGAAAAAGCUCGUGAGGAUCGCAGAAAGAGCGAGCGUCAACAGGUUUAA